AUGCAUACUGACAAUGAAAGUUAUGAUAAUUCUUGGCCUUAUAUGCUAGUGAUGAAAGGAGCUCCUGAACAGAUUCUUGAACGAUGUUCAAAAAUAUUUAUCGAUGGCACAGAUAUUGAAAUGAACGAAUAUUGGCGAGGUGAAUUACAGCGAGCUUACAUGAAAUUGGCCAGUAUGGGAGAAUCCGUACUGGGUCUUUGUGAUUUGCGUCUGUCAAGUUAUGAUUAUCUGAAAAACUAUCAAUUCGAUGGAGAGAAAGUCAAUUUUCCACUUGACAAUCUUCGUUUUCUCGGUCUCAUGUCAAUGAUCGAUCCGCCAAGACCAGCUGUUCCUGAAGUUGUAGCUAAAUGUCGUUUGGCUGGAAUUAAAAUAAUUAUGAUGGCUAGUGAUCAUCCGAUCACGGCUAAAGCAUUUGCACGUGCUGUGGGCAUCAUUUCGGAAAAUACAGAAACAGUGGAAGAUAUUGCUGAACGUUUAAGGAUUCCUCAAGAACAAGUCGAUCCAUGUGAAGCUAAAGCAUGUGUUAUUGAUGGUAAUGAUUUCAAAAAAAUGUUGCCAGCUGAAAUCGAUGCACUUUUGAGAAAUCAUACAGAGAUUGUCUUUGCACGAAUAUCUCCUGAACAAAAAUUCAUUAUAGUUGAAGGGUGUCAACGACAAGGUGCUAUUGUAGCUGUGACAGGCGAAAAUAUCUGCGAUUCAUCAGCUAUGAAAAAAGCUGACAUCGGAGUGGCCAUGGCCUACGGUCAAAUUGGUUUCAUUCAAGUAGGUGCUGGAUUCUUUACCUAUUUUGUGAUCAUGGCUGAGAACGGCUUUUUACCAUCACGUCUUGUUGGUCUGAAAAAGUCGUGGGACUCAAAAUAUGUCAAUGAUCUUCAAGAUUCCUACGGUCAAGAAUGGACCUAUGAACAACGCAAACAACUCGAAUUUACAUGUCAUAUUGCUUUCUUCAUUGCUAUCGUCAUUUGUCAAUGGGUUGUAUUAAUUAUGUGCAAAACUCGACGAAAUUCCAUUCUACAACAAGGCAUGAGGUAAGGUUUACUGUAAAAAACCAAAUCACCUCACAAAAAAAAUGUAAAUGUGUUUGAAUGAAUAGUAAUUGGAUGCUAAAUUUUGUGUUGAUAUUUGAAAUGGUCCUAGUUGCAAUUAUUUCCUACAUGCCCUAUUCGGGCACGGCUAUCAAUACUUAUCCAGUGAAGUAAGAACUGAUACGAUUCCUAACAUGCUUUUUAAAUUCGAUUUCAAAAUAGAUUUCGAUGGUGGCUUCCGGCAUUACCGUAUGUUUUUCUAAUUUUAAUCUACGACGAAGUACGUAAAUAUCUCAUUCGGAGACAUCCUGGUGGCUGGUUGGAGAGAGAAACUUACUAUUAGAUUUUUCACAUGUUUGGAAUUUUUUAUUUUGAUCUUUGCAUUUAUAGAACACUCUAUUAAUCAAGCCUUACUUAAUUGCUUAAGUUUUAUUCUACUAAUAAAUUCUACUGAUUUUCGAGAUAAUGUUUUGACGUCUAAUUGAUGAAUAAUCUUUUGUAAUUCUGAAAUAGUUUGUUGUUCACACUGAUCGGAAUUGGAUAUAAGAUUAUCUCGUAGACAAUUUUGGAUUAUAAAUCAAUUGAUUCAUGGAAAAAUUGACUUUGACAUGGUAUAAUAUAUCUUAGACCUUUGAUGAACAUAGAUAUUAGUUUUGAUGGUAAGUCUUAUCGACUUCAAUAAAAAAUGAUGAAGUAAUUAUUUUUUGGAUAAAUAUAUAUAGAGCUCCGACGACGAUGAUGCUGCUUCAUCGUUGGGUGUGGGUGUGGGUGUGGAUCUUCUCUUCACACCCAUAUUCACUGACUGACAAUGUAACUAUGAGCCAAUUUUCUUGAACACGACUUGGAACAAUUCAAUGGUACAACUUUUUUCGAACGGUUAGAGUCGUAUCUAUCUAUCAUGUUCCUGUCAAAAGUUAUUCGAAAAACACUCACUAGUCUUCUUUUUUUUUAAAUGGGUGUUAGCUUUCAUCAAAUUUAAAAAUUCCUAGUACAUUUAUAUUCUAAUAAAAUUAUGAAUUCCAAGUGCUCGCGAGAAAAUUCUAGAAAUUACGAACUCAAUAAGUCGAGUAACCUGUAACUUGCGCAAAAUCAAUCAAUCAUUGCAGAAAAUAACGUUGAAAUUCUAUACUAGCUAGAGACGCACACAGAUUUCGAUCAUGUGAGUUUUCAACCAACCAUGCUUGAUCUUGUCCUUUCAGUCAGUAACCUAAAGAUGGAUAAACAUAUGAUAUUAGUUUGACUUGUUUUAGUGCCGCAUAAUCUAAUAGAUAUUGAAUUGUUGGCGGUAUUGGAUCACGAUAAGAUUUCUAUUACUCUAAUCGAAUUUGGGGUGUGGGUGUGUCACCGUGUGUGUCAGAAUAGGAAUAUGAAAAAAAAGAGCUAUACCCACACCCAAUAUCUAGUGACCUUUAUAAACUGCAGUAAUGACAAAGAAAAGAAGCACUAUUGUAGUUUAGUGCUCUCUACAAAUUACAAGUCGUCAAAUUGAAAUAAGGAAACUCAAUCUUUAGCGAACUAUAUAAAUUCCAGAAAGUUUAAUAAUAUAACUGAAAUUUUAAUUUGUAUUAAAAUUCUUAUGAGUAAUUUUUUUGAAAUUUGAAAACCGAAAAUUUGAGACCUAAGAUUAUUUUGAAUUUGAAUAAAUUAAAUUUCAAAAACAACUGAAAUUAAAUUUAACAGAUGUUUAAGUCGAUUUUAUGCUCGCAAAUGAGAGGAUACGGUGUUGGCUAGCAUUUUUAUUGAGAAAAUAUUGCAUGUCAGUGGUGCGAAAGAAAUAGUAAAAAUAACUAAUGAGCAUAGAUAUGUCAAUACUUGUCGCGUCACAUACUGGAGAAAAAGUAUUCUGUUUUGCUUCAUUUAUUCUUCUCUUAGGGUAUGACAAUCAUAUAGAAUUGUGUUUAACUUUUCUUUUUCUGUUUGAAUUGUGUCUCUUACUCUUAUU